AUGGGCUCCACGACUACCCCUGAGGCCACAGGGGCAAUGUUAGACGAGACAGUCAGGGCAGGGGGUCUCCUUAUAGCGCGGCUCUGCAGCACUUCAGCAGCAGCAGCAACAGCAGCAGCAGCAACAGCAGCAGCAGCAGCAGCAAAGCCAGAGUUCUUGCUGCUGAAGGCAUCGUAUGCUCCUUAUCACUGGUCGCCUCCCAAAGGCAAGCGGCACUUGGAUGAGGGGGAGGACUUCCUUGCUGCGGCUAUCAGAGAGACGAAAGAAGAGUCAGGCUUAAACCCUAAAGAUUUAAACGUUAUGAGUGCCUUCUACAGGGAUCUACGUUAUGAGGCCAACGGACAGCCUAAGCAAAGCCGCUACUUUUUAGCGGUUUUGCGGAACCCUAAUGCUGCUGUUAGUCUCUCAGCAGAGCACACGGACUUCAGGAGGGGAUCCGAAGGCAACGGGCAGGCAGCGAGCCAACCAAAGCGAAUCAGAAACCCCACAAGCCAGUGCAUGCACAACCUGCAGCAGCAGCAGCAAGCAGCAGAAGCAGCAGCAGUAAGCCACUCCGCUCAGACAGAGCAGCAGCAACAGCAGCAACAACAGCAGCAGCAGCAACAAGAGCAACAGCAGCAGCAGCAGCAGCAGCAGUAG